AUGUCAGAACAGUUAAAACAAACAUUUAAAAAGUGUAAAGAAGAAAACCGUAAUGCUUUAGUUAAUUUUAUAACUGCUGGUUACCCAACUAUUGAAGAUACUUUACCCAUUUUAAAAGGAAUGCAAGAUGGUGGUGUCGAUAUCAUUGAAUUGGGUAUUCCAUUUUCAGAUCCAAUAGCUGAUGGUCCAACUAUCCAAUCAGCUAAUAAUGUUGCUUUAAAAAAUGGUAUAACUGUUAAAAAAUGUUUGGAAUUGGUCAGGAAAGCCAGAGAUGAAAGUAUUACCGUACCAAUAAUUUUGAUGGGGUAUUAUAAUCCAAUUUUGAAAUAUGGAGAACAACAAUUGAUUGAAGAUAGUGCAAAAGCUGGUGCAAAUGGUUUCAUAGUUGUAGAUUUACCACCAGAAGAAGCAAUUAAAUUUAGAACAUUAUGUACCAAAUCAGGAUUAUCAUAUGUUCCAUUAGUAGCCCCGGCGACAACAGAUGAAAGAUUGAAAGUAUUAGGACAAAUUGCAGACUCUUUUAUUUAUGUUGUUUCAAAGAUGGGUACAACUGGAGCUUCAACAAAAGUUUCAACUGGUAUUGAAGAAUUGUGUCAAAGAGUCCGUAAAUUUAUUGAUAAAGAAACUCCAAUUGCAGUUGGAUUUGGUGUUUCAACAAGAGAACAUUUUUUAACUGUUGGACAAGUUGCUGAUGGUGUUGUAAUUGGAUCAAAAAUUAUCACUUUAAUUGGUAAUUCUAAUCCAGGUGAAAGAGGUAAAGUUGCAAAAGAAUACGUUCAAUCAAUUUUAGGUGCUGAUUACAAAUCAGACGCACCUAAAUCUUUUGUAAGAGUUAAAAAUGACGAUUUUAAAGAAACUAAAGCAAUACUUGAAGAAACUCAUAAAUUCAACCCUAGAUUUGGAGAUUUCGGUGGUCAGUACGUACCUGAAGCUUUACAUACAUGUUUAGCAGAAUUAGAAAAAGCUUUUGAAGAUGCAGUUUCAGGUCCAGAAUUUUGGAAAGAAUUUAAAGAUUUAUAUUCAUAUAUUGGUAGACCUUCAUCUUUACAUAAAGCUGAUAGAUUAACUGAACACGUAGGAGGUGCCCAAAUUUGGUUGAAAAGAGAAGAUUUGAAUCAUACUGGUUCACAUAAAAUUAAUAAUGCUUUAUGUCAAGUUUUACUUGCAAAAAGAUUAGGUAAAAAAAAGAUUAUUGCUGAAACAGGAGCUGGUCAACAUGGUGUUGCAACUGCUACUGCUUGUGCUAAAUUUGGAAUGGAAUGUAUUGUUUUUAUGGGUGCUGAAGAUACAAGAAGACAAGCUUUAAAUGUAUUUAGAAUGAAAAUUUUAGGAGCUAAAGUUAUUCCUGUUAAAAAUGGUACUCAAACUUUAAGAGAUGCUACAUCAGAGGCUUUUAGAUAUUGGGUAUCUAAUUUAGAAUCAACUCAUUAUGUUGUUGGUUCUGCAAUUGGACCUCAUCCAUAUCCAACUUUAGUCAGAACUUUCCAAAGUGUUAUUGGGAAUGAAACAAAAGAACAAUUUAAAGAAUUGAAUGAAGGUAAAUUACCAAACGCAGUAGUUGCUUGUGUUGGUGGAGGAUCGAAUGCUACAGGUUUAUUUUCCCCAUUUGAAAAAGAUACUGAAGUCAAAAUGUUGGGUGUUGAAGCUGGAGGAGAUGGUUUAGAUUCAGGUAAACAUUCUGCAACUUUAGCUGCUGGUAUUCCCGGUGUAUUUCACGGUGUUAGAACUUAUGUCUUACAAGAUGAUGAUGGUCAAGUUCAUGAUACUCAUUCUGUUUCUGCUGGAUUAGAUUAUCCAGGUGUUGGACCCGAAUUAGCAUAUUGGAAAAGUAUUGGUAGAGCUGACUUCAUUGCUGCCACUGAUGCUCAAGCAUUACAAGGAUUCAAAUUAUUAUCUCAAUUAGAAGGUAUCAUUCCUGCUUUAGAGAGUUCACAUGCUAUUUAUGGAGGUAUCGAAUUAGCCAAAAAAUUACCAAAGGAUCAACAUAUUGUUAUUAAUGUAUCUGGUAGAGGUGAUAAAGACGUUCAAUCAGUGGCUGAGAUUUUACCAAAAUUAGGUGAUCAAAUUGGUUGGGAUUUAAGAUUUGAAGAAGAUCCAACAAAAGAAAAUUAA